UAUGCAAUCACCUUAAUUCUAGAAAUCAAAUGAAGGGUCAACAAAAGGCGAAUAAUUUACUUAAGGUUGGCUUCCAAUUACAAAUGAUGUUGAACAAUCAAUUGUGUCAUAUUUGGAUUAACUAGGGAUUAAUUAAUUGAUCUAAGUCGAUAAGCAUUCUAAUUAAAGAAAUUCAUUGUAUUCCUUAGACUCAGCUAUAACUCCUCCAAAAUCUUAAAGAAGAAUUUCUUUAACAAUGGAUUCAGAGUUAUUUACAAGAAGAAGUUGUAGGAUGUGCUCUGACUAGAUAUGAAC